GUGAGCCCUCGGGGAGUGGUCCGACCGCGGGCGGCUCUGGUGAGGAGAGGGGUGGGGGGCGGGGGAGACAUGGCUCUGGCUCGACGCGGCUGGCGGCGUACGACCCUUCGCCGUGGCGUUGGCGUUGUGUGUCAGACCCGCCCGCUCAUGCGGCCCCUCUGGUUGCUCCUCGCAGUGGGCGUCUUUGGCUGGGCCGGGGCUUCGGACGGCGCCAGCGGAGCAGCCAGAGCCAUGGACGAGGAGAUUGUGUCUGAGAAGCAAGCGGAGGAAAGCCACCGGCAGGACAGCGCCAACCUGCUCAUCUUCAUCCUGCUGCUUACCCUCACCAUUCUUACGAUCUGGCUCUUCAAGCACCGCCGGGCCCGCUUCCUGCACGAAACUGGCCUGGCUAUGAUUUAUGGUCUUUUGGUGGGCCUCGUGCUUCGGUAUGGCAUUCAUGUUCCAAGUGAUGUAAAUAAUGUGACCCUGAGCUGUGAAGUGCAGUCAAGUCCAACAACCUUGUUGGUAAAUGUUAGUGGAAAAUUUUAUGAGUAUACACUGAAAGGAGAGAUUAGCUCGCAUGAACUCAAUAACGUUCAAGAUAAUGAAAUGCUUAGAAAGGUUACUUUUGAUCCAGAAGUAUUUUUCAACAUAUUACUUCCUCCUAUCAUAUUUUAUGCAGGUUAUAGUUUGAAAAGGAGACAUUUUUUUCGGAACCUUGGGUCUAUCUUAGCAUAUGCUUUUCUUGGAACAGCAAUUUCUUGUUUCGUUAUUGGGUCCAUUAUGUAUGGCUGUGUAAUGCUGAUGAAAGUAACUGGACAACUUGCGGGAGAUUUUUACUUUACAGAUUGCUUGCUGUUUGGUGCUAUUGUAUCAGCAACAGACCCAGUGACUGUUCUUGCCAUAUUCCAUGAGCUUCAAGUUGAUGUUGAACUCUAUGCACUUCUUUUUGGUGAAAGUGUCCUCAAUGAUGCUGUUGCCAUAGUGCUGUCCUCCUCAAUAGUGGCAUACCAACCAGCUGGAGACAACAGUCACACCUUUGAUGUUACAGCCAUGUUCAAGUCUAUUGGGAUCUUCCUUGGGAUCUUCAGUGGAUCUUUUGCAAUGGGUGCUGCUACUGGAGUGGUGACAGCUUUAGUGACAAAGUUCACCAAAUUGAGGGAGUUCCAGUUGCUGGAGACAGGCUUGUUCUUCCUGAUGUCCUGGAGCACCUUCCUGUUGGCUGAAGCAUGGGGUUUCACAGGUGUGGUUGCAGUAUUGUUUUGUGGCAUCACACAAGCACAUUAUACUUAUAAUAAUUUGUCCACAGAGUCUCAGCAUAGAACAAAACAGUUGUUUGAGCUUCUCAAUUUCUUAGCAGAGAAUUUCAUCUUCUCCUACAUGGGGCUGACACUGUUCACCUUCCAGAACCAUGUCUUUAACCCAACAUUUGUAGUAGGAGCAUUUAUCGCUAUUUUCUUGGGAAGAGCUGCCAAUAUUUACCCUUUGUCUCUCCUACUUAAUUUGGGUAGAAGAAGUAAAAUUGGAUCAAAUUUUCAACAUAUGAUGAUGUUUGCUGGCCUUCGUGGUGCAAUGGCAUUUGCUUUGGCCAUUCGAGAUACUGCCACUUACGCACGGCAGAUGAUGUUCAGCACCACACUUCUGAUUGUGUUUUUUACUGUGUGGGUAUUUGGUGGUGGCACAACUGCCAUGCUAUCGUGCUUGCAUAUAAGGGUUGGUGUUGAUUCAGACCAAGAACAUUUGGGUGUUCCUGAAAAUGAAAGGAGAACUACCAAAGCAGAGAGUGCUUGGCUUUUCCGGAUAUGGUACAACUUUGAUCAUAACUACCUGAAACCUCUGCUGACUCACAGUGGUCCUCCUCUGACCACCACACUCCCAGCCUGCUGCGGGCCCAUUGCCAGGUGCCUCACCAGCCCCCAGGCCUAUGAG